AUGCCUCGGCCGCCCCGACCCACACUUUAUACUGACCGCUGUGGAAGCCCCAGGCUGGUCCCGGGCUGUCCCACCACAACUCGGCGCCCCCCUCACAGACCUGCGGCCAGGACGGCGCCCACCAGGGUCGUGGCUCCCGGGGGGUUCCCGCCGAGACCCCACGCGAGCGCUGAGAACGAGCAGGGCCCAGCCCAGGGCGCAGGUGCCCGCAGAGUCCCGGCCCCGGCCGCGGCUCACCAGGAACGAGACUCCCGCGCCGACACCAGGGGAUCGAUCCACCACCCCGCGGCGCGCACCUCGCGUAGGCCCCGGGAAGAGCAGGGGACCAGUCCACCUGCGUCCGCCUCCCGGCCCGCGACGCAGGGACCGACCGGGCCUCAGCCCGCAGACUCGCGCCCACCUCCGCCGCGGCCGCGGUCCCCGCUCCACCCCCCGCCCUCGCCCCUCGUCCUCGCCGGCGGCCGGAUGGCCCAGCCCAGCCACGUCCGGGAGGCGCCCGGCGUUAGCUGCUUGGGCGCGAAAAGCCGCCGCGGCGCCCUCUCGAUUCAAAAGAUAACAUCGAUUCAAAUUUGGCGCUAA